ACGCUGCUACGCUGGUUGUUGCGAUUAUUUUGUACGCUCUCCGUUCGUGUGCUACUGAAACGUGCGCUUUCGUAAGUGAAACGCAUGAAAACGGAAACAAUCUAGUUGUUUCUGAAGCGUUGCUACGACAAAACGUGUGCCCCUUGUUCUAUAAGUGUGUAAAAGUGGAGAGAGUUUUCCAAAAUGGUUAUAGACGAUUUCAAAUUGAUACAAGAGGUGAAAAUUCGUCCAUAUUUCUAUGUGAAGGACUUAACUGGCUAUCGAAAUACGUCGUUACGCAAGAAAGGUUGGGAUCAGGUCGCCGCUAUUUUCGAAACAACGGCCGAAGAAUGUGCCGCCCGCUGGCGUGCGAUAAGGGAUCGUUAUGUGAAAUUGAUUGCCAAAAUAGGCGCGAAUAAACCACUGACGGGUUAUGAUAAGAACUGGACACUACACGCAUACUUAAAGUUUCUAAAACCACAUAUUAAACCUAGAAUUUACAAGUUGAAGAAGAACGAUGCCAACACUAAUGAAGCUGACGAACACGAUUUCAUACAAAACAUUUCCUAUGAAGACACCUACGACGCGAAACUACCCAAAUAUGAGUCCAGCGAAGAGGCUGAGGAAUCGCUCAUGUCCAUGCCAGAUAUGGAUUGUAAUGAUGAUGGCGAAGUACCGUUUGAAGUCACCACCGCCGAAUCUUUCGUGCCACCGAAGUUACAAGUACCGGAUGUGCCAACGCAAUUUGGCGAUUUGCAAGAAAAAUUCGCAACUUUUACGAAGCGUGUGGAAUUCUUGCUCAAGCAGCGGUCGACAAAUGCGUCGGAUGAUAAAAACGAAGCUUUCUAUCGCAUGAUCGGUAUUAAGCUGGCCGAAUUGCCGGAAGAUGAACAGGAAGACGCGAAGUUGCACAUUAUCUCGCAUGUGUUCGAACGGGUUAAGGCGUAUAAACAAAAGACGCGGUGCUCGCUUAAUAGUAGUACGUCGUAGUCAUAAUUAGCUGAUAAAAUGUAAUGUAGGAAUUUAAGUUUUUUUUUGUUGCUUUCUACUUGCAAGUAAUAACUUUUAUAUGUUAAAAUAAAGGCUGUGUGGAGAAGUGAAAAAGUACAUGGUAGAUAUAUAACUGUCCUGCUAGUUUAAUACAUAUAUUAUAUAUAUGUAUAUACACUUCUAUACCUGUUUUGCCAGUCUGCAAUUUGCGCUCUAUAUUCUCUUCAAUUUUGUGUAUGCAGAAAAGGGGCCUGUUACUGCUGGUCGCUCAGUGCACAAACAGCUGUUCGUACCGCAGUCGCAGGCCGGUUCUGAACAGUCAAUUUCUGCUUUAUAUACUUACUUUUGUAUAUAAAAGGUGUGUGUAUAUAAUGUAGUAAAUAUGUGCGAAGACUGCACCGAAACUCGUUCCAUAAACACUACGCACUUUGAGUUUGGUUGAGUGAGAAAAACGCUUGCAGAGUGCACAGCCAAAAUCGGGUGCCAAUAAAAUAAAGAAGAGCGUACUCUUUGCUCAUUGCCAACAUUUGCUCGAAGAACGAAAGCACAUACAUAGAUUUCAAAAAUGACUACUUGCACUAAAUACUAUACUACACACACCUUCGGCUUCAACUGCCACACUAAUUAUGAGUAUUUUCUACAUUGAGUGUGUGCUGAGUGCAAGUCAUAGUCUUGUGACUGAGCAUGAGUGAGUUUCGGUUCAAAAAGCAAAUAAAAUGUGGAUAUUUUUAAUGCUAUAGCUGUAGAAAAGUGUGCGAAUAGGAACCUCCACUAUAAAAAUACAAUAUUUAUGAGUAGCUGUGGAAAUUUUGUACACUUUUGGGUUUAGUCGAUAUAAAGCACCGUAACAGUGUACAACGAAAAUAGGGAAAAAGUGAAUAGCCACUGGAUUGUUCAGUCAUGAGCAAUUCGGUUGGAGGAAAUUUACGUAAAUUUUUCGUAUAGAACAGCUAGAGGGAAAAUUGCGUAAAUUCUAUUUUAG